GAUGGAUGCAUGGGGAGGUGGGAAUGGGUGGUGGUUUUUGCCAUGCCAUGUGCCGUAGCUUGCCUUUUUUUUUCUUUUCUUUUUUGCAGUCUUCUUUCUUUGGUGGAGCUGCAGGCUGCAGGUCGAGUGUGCUUCCCACCAGCGUCACAACCAAGGGUCCCCAGCCUGUCAUUCCCCGCCAUGGUCAAGGAAAAUACCACAGAGUUCACUCUCCCCUGACUUCCCUGCCACUCUCCCGUUCGCCCCAUCUCCGGAUCGGUCGGAGACGGCGACCGAGAGCGAAGGGCGGAGGAUGGGUGAAAAAAUAAUACAAAUGAGAAGGCUGUGCGCACAUGUUUUCCCCUCCCCGAUCGCCCUCGCCCUUCCUCCUCCUCCUCCCCAUCCUCAUCUCCGCCUGUGCGCCCCCGGUGCCUCUGCCCGGUAUCUCAGCCUCUCUCUUUCGCUCGAGGGCCUCUUUUAUUUCUGCUCUCCUGUUUUUACCCCAUCCCUCCCUCCGUGCCUGUGCGCCCCCAGCUUCGCCUUGAGGCAGGUCGAGCCUUCCGUUUCGGGCGCGCGUCGGCACAGCCCGUCCACCAGCGCGGCGGAGCACCACAUAACGCACUAAACCCAAGGCCGUGGGGACGUCCCCUCCUUCCGCCGCCGUCGUCCUACACCACAUAGACGCACGCGCACAAUACCCUAUAUAUCGGAUCAGCAUCCUGUAGCUGCAUAUAUCCCUAUCGCGGCCCGGCAUCCCGUCGCCUUGCUGCUUUAAAUAUUAUCGCAUUACCUGCAUUCUGCUCCUCUCGUUGCCGUCACUAUGAGUUUCUCCGACGAGAAAAAAGAGCUCGAACGGGGCCGCAUCUCGGCCGACGAAACCAAGGCGCCCAUCAUGUCCGCACUCGAGACGGAGCGCGCCCAGCUGCUCGCUGCCCUGCCCGACCCUGACGCGGGCAAGACUGACGAGGAGCGCGCUGAAAUCGACCGCAAACUCAUGUGGAGGGUCGAUUUGUACCUCGUCCCCUGGCUGUCGCUGCUGUACCUCAUGUCGUUCCUUGACCGGACCAACAUUGGCAACGCGCGCCUGGCCGGCCUGCAAAAGGACCUCAGCAUGUCCGACGCCAACUACAACAUGUCCCUCACAAUUUUCUUCAUCAGCUACGCCCUGUGCGAGCCCGCCACCAACGCGCUCCUCAAGCGCCUGACGCCGCGCAUCUUCUUUACCGUCAUCAUCAUCGUCUGGGGCGUCAUCCAGACCCUCAUGGGCAUAUGCCACAACUACGAGGGCCUCCUGGCCGCCCGCUUCUUCCUGGGCGUCGCGGAGGCCGGCCUGUUCCCCGGCGUCAACUACUACCUCUCGUGCUGGUACAAGGGCUCCGAGAUCGGCGUCCGCUCCGCCGUCUUCUUUUCGGCCGCCGCCCUGGCCGGCUCCUUCGGUGGCCUGCUCGCGGCCGCCAUCGCGCAGAUGCACCUCAUCGCGGGCGUGCCGGGCUGGGCGUGGAUCUUCAUCAUCGAGGGCAUCGCCACCGUCUUCGUCGGCAUCUUCUGCUGGUGGCUCGUCUUCGACUGGCCCGAGACGGCGCGCUUCCUGACCCCGGACGACCGCAUCCGCGUCCAGCGCCGCCUCAUCAUGUCGCGCCAGGGCAGGACGGCCGAGGACUUUGACAAGCGCCACAUGUGGGAGGCCGUCAAGGACUGGAAGACGUACGGCUACAUGGUCGUCUAUAUGGGCUGCCUCGUCCCGCUCUACUGCUUCUCGCUCUUCCUGCCCACCAUCCUGCGCGGCAUGGGCUACACGGGCACCCACGCCCAGCUGCUGUCGGUCCCGCCCUACGCCGUCGCCGCCCUGCUCACCGUCGCCGUCGGCUUCUUCGCCGACAAGACGCGGUACCGCGGCUACUGCAACAUGGCCACCGUCACCAUCGGCAUCGUCGGCUUCGUCAUGCUCAUCGCGUCGCAGGACCCGCGCGUGCAGUACGCCGGCACCUUCCUGGGCGCCGCCGGCAUCUACCCGACCAUCAGCAACACGCUAUCGUGGGUCAUCAACAACACCGAGGGCUCGCUCAAGCGCGCCGUCGUGCUGGGCAUGGUGGUUGGCUGGGGAAACCUCAACGGCGUCGUGUCGUCAAACAUUUAUCUGGGUUACGAGAACCCGCGCUUCUGGACCGGCCACGGCGUCGUGCUGGCCUACCAGGUGCUCUUCCUCCUCGGCGGCUCCAUCUUCAUGCACGUCGCCCUCCGCAAGAUGAACGCCGACCGCGCCGCCGGCAAGCUCAACGCCGAGUGGGACGCCCUCGACGACGAGCAGAAGUGGGUCAGGGGCGACAGGCGGCCCGACUUUGUCUACACCCUGUAGUCGGGUUUGUUUGCUGUUACCUUUUUUUUGGGCUUUUGCGUUGUCAUGUUUUGUUCCGCGCCCAUGGAGAGCGCGGACCCAGGGGGGGAUUUUUAGUGUAUACUCCAGUUGGGAACCCUACCACUUCCCCGUUUUCAACACAGUUGUACAUGAGCAAAGCUUGUGUUCCUACCAUGAUCGCCCUGUGCCCUUUUAGACCUGCCUCAACUUGUUUGGUGGCACCUUUCAUACGAUUGCAAUGACCGAUGUAUUACAUGUACCAGUGUCGCA